CGGUCGGUCGUACCGCCCCCGCACGCAUCUCCUGCGCUACGUAUUCUAUAGAGGCAUCGUCGUCGUCCCGACAACCUCUCAAAAUAUUCGUUCAAAAUAAAUCUGCCGCAGAUCAUUCGAACUCCUGAGAUCGCACGCGGACAUUGAAUUCGUUGAAUCGUCGUCUCUCUCUUUAGGAUUCGGACGUUCAAGAACUGCUUGCCGGAUUUUGUCUUGCGUUUUUUCUUGAAUCGGAGCGGAAGAUUUGUUGGGUUCUUGCUUGCUUUGCGAUCCCUCCUUCGGUGUUCCGGAAAGAUACGAUCUUUUGCGGGACAGGUUCGCCGUCAGGGGUCGGUAAAGAGGGAGUUUUUUUUUCCUUGAAUCGGAGGAUGAAGGAUCAGCCUCACUUGAUGAAUCAGGCGCCGAUGAUGAUGAGUCAGAGCCCGAUGAUGAACCCGCCUCCUCCGCAGGUGAUCUUGAACCAGCCCCCUCAAUUGAUGAGCCAGCCCCAGCUGAUUGGCCAGCCCCAGGUCCUGAAUCAGCAGCCCCAGCUGAUUGGGCAGUCCCAGAUGUUGGGUCAAUCUCAGGUGCCCAGUUUGAACAGGAGUUACAAGAUGUGGCCUCAGAAGCAGAAGCAGCAGAAGCCUUCGCUUGACCCUAAUGUGCAGUUUCUCGGCUCGAUGAACCCGGGUUUCGGGCCUUUGAAGCAGCCGCUGAUGCCGUUGCCCGGUAGAAGCAAUUGGAAGGGCAAGAAGCCCAAUGAUAAGCGGAAUGACCCGAGGAAGGUCACAAUGGUGAUCCCUAAUGCCGGGAUGAGCGGUGGUGCCGGUGGCAAGGGCUACCAGCCCCCUGCUCUCAGCGAUUUGCAGUUCCAGAAUCGCCUGAAGUCUAGAAAAUAUUACCCCAAGAAGAAGUUCAAUAAUCGGUUUGCGCCCUAUGCGCCCAGGAACACGACUUCGUUUAUCAUAAGAGCGAAGAAGUCGGGCGGCAUUGCCUCGAUGGUGUCCCCGUGUCCGGUCACGCCGGCGGUGCUACCGACGCCGAUAUUUUCUCCCUCUAGAGAGGUGUUGGUUGAUAUGGCAAAGGAGGAGUGGGGUGUGGACGGGUAUGGGUCCAUGAAGGGUCUCAUUAGGCUACGGAAUGAGGUAGAGAACAGGGACAACGAGGAGGAGGAGGAUGAGAAUGAGGAGGAAAAUAAUGGGUCUAGCGAGAGCGACGUAGAAGAGGAGAAGGAUAGCGUGAUGAGCAGACUGGAUCAUGAAAUGAAUCGGUUUGAGAUGGUUUACCCCAAUUACGGGUCUGAUUAUAACAAUUUACUAGUGAAUAGGGUGGAUGAUCAAGAUACCCACAUUGCGCAACUCGAGGAAGAGAAUCUAGCUUUGCGAGAAAGGCUCUUCUUGAUGGAGAGGGAAAUGGAGGACUUGAGGAGGAGGUUGAAUUUCCUGGAGAGGCAGAACCAUGUGGACAAGCAUGCGAACGAGGAGGUAGUGGAGAAUGAGUCUGAAAAUGAGAGUGAGGAAGAAUGCAAUGUUCAUGUUCUGGGUGGUGUGUGCAAAGGAGAGGACAUGGAUUGUGUGGAUGGUUAUAUAGAUGGAAGGGAUGUUCAGUUCAAUGGUGAUGCCAAAGAGGAGAAAUAUGAUUCAAUACUAGGAAAUAAAGCUAUUCCGGAGGUUGCUAUGGAAGAGUUUACUUCAAACGAGGCAAUUCUAAAAGAAGAUGAGUCAAGAUAUGAGGAACAACGUGAUGGGGUCAUCCUGGGAAGAGUAAAAUCCGAGGGUGAUGAGGGGACGAAAGUUGCAGAGGACGAGGUUUCGCAUGAAGCGGAUGCUAAACAGGAUGAGUGCGAACAGAAGGACGAUGCAAAUGUGCCUUUGGAGAAGAGCAUUGGCGAUGGUCAAUAAUUUUGCUAGCUUUCAUCUAUCUCAAGCCUCCUCCAAGGUUGGAUAUUGGUGAAAGGCAUGUUAGCUCAUGCCAUAAUUCGUUGAUUGUCAUGCUUCUUUCUCAGUGCUCCAUAAAUAAUUCCGAUUCUGGCAAUUAAUAGACGUUGCUUGUUAGCUGAGAGUGAAAACAUGGUCAAUGGGCUUCCAAACUUAGCCAUUACUCUGCUCUCUUCAGAUAAUAACCGUCGUUGGUUUACUUCACUCUCUUCUUUAUGCUAAAGUAUUGUGAUCUUGUGGAUUCUUACUUUUAUGUCUGGAAAGCAUUGAGAUUGAGCGCGAGUAGAUUUAUGUUUC